CAUCAUUUCAGAAUUCAGAGAGGAAAAAAAGACACAAUCUUUCCUUUCUUUUCCUCCUCCCAACUUUAGUUAUGGCUACUAGUAACUAGUAAGGUAGUAAGUAUAGUUAGCAAGUACCUCCCACGUUUUACUCUAUUAAAUCCCUCCCUCUCUCUCUUGCACUUUUUUCUCUGACUAUCCAGCUCCAUCUUUCUUUUACUUUGUUUUCUUCUCCCUUUCUGUUGGGUGGUCUUUCUUUCUAUAUUUUCUUCUCUCCCUAUAUUUGUCUUGGCAUUUGGGUUCUUGUUUCUUUUAAAUUUUUUAAAUAUUACAAUACAAUAUUUAGUUGUUUUUAUAGUGUCAUUUGGAAUGGUUCAAUACCCAUGUGACAUUAGUUUUAUAUUAUUUAUAUAAUUUUUUUGAGAAGUGAAGGAAUGGAUUAGUGGUACACUGGUACUUUGGGAGAAAGAAUCUACUAGCUCUAGCUGUAGAGAAACUCGGCAAAAUAAAAAUCCAUUCUUACCAUUUUCAACUAGCUCAGGGGUUGUUACCCUUUUACCUCUUUUCGUAGAAGAUAUAAAAGGAGUGUGUUGAGUGAGAGAGAGAGAGAGAGAGAGAGAGAGAGCUUUUGAGUUCAAACAGCAGUGAAGAAAUGACUAAAGAAGAAGACUUUAAGCUCCUCAAGAUCCAGACGUGUGUUCUCAGAGUGAACAUACAUUGUGAUGGGUGCAAGCAGAAAGUGAAGAAACUCCUACAAAGAAUUGAAGGUGUUUACCAAGUAAACAUUGAUUCAGAGCAGCAAAAAGUAACAGUUUCUGGGAGUGUAGACUCUGCAACUUUGAUCAAAAAGCUAGUUAGAGCUGGUAAGCAUGCCGAGCUUUGGUCCCAGCAAGGCAACCAAAGCCAGAAGCAGAAGAACAACAACUGUAUCAAAGAUGACAAGAACAACAAAGGCCAACUCCACAAACCAAACUUGAUUAAGGGCCUUGAGGCCUUCAAAAACCAGCAGCAACACAAGUUUGCUCCUUUCGGCUGUGAUGAAGAUGAUGACUUUGAUGAUGAAGAGGAGGAGGAAGAAGAAGAUGAUAUUAGGUUUUUCAGAGAGAAAGUAAACCAACUGGGUUUGCUUAGGCAACAAGCAAUGGAAGCAAACGAAGCAAAAAGAAAUUCUCAAGCUGCUGCUAUGGCCUCUGCACAAAACAAUGGAAAGAUCAACAACAAUGGUAGUAUUCCUAAUGGGAACUCUGGGAAGAAAGCUCAGCCUAAUCAGAACAUGGGAAUGAAGGCUUCACCUGGUGGGAUUGAUCCCAAGACCAUGGCUGCCCUGAAACUGAGUAACAAUCCUCAGUUUGGGGGUGGAAAUAUGAAUGCUGCAGGGGAAGGAAGAAGGCCAAGUGACCUUAACAACAUGUUGAACUUGGGUGGUUUUCAUGGAAGUGGUCCUAGUUUGUCUACUUCUGCUGGAAUGGGGGGAAAUCCCAUUAAUGGAUUAGGUGGAUACCAACUCCAAUCCAACAAUAAUGGCUACCCAGCUUCUUCUACAGGGCUUCCCAACGGCUAUGCCACUGGUCAAUAUCCAUCAUCCAUGUUAAUGAACAUGAAUGGCUACAACAACCAUACAUCACCAUCAUCAACAUCUCCCAUGAUGACAAACAUGAACACGAUGAACAUGCAUCAAGCUAGACAACAUGCCAUGAUGCAACAACAGCCACAAGUCAUGUACCAGAGAUCACCCUUCAUUCCUCCAAGCACAGGCUAUUACUAUAACUACAGUCCAUAUCCAGCCCAGGCAGCUCCAGCUCAUCCCAUUCCAUACUCGUACGCUGAACCUAGUUAUGGCUCUGGCUCUGAUACCUCUGCAGCCCAUAUGUUCAGUGAUGAGAAUACAAAUGGCUGCUCAAUAAUGUAAUAAUAGUAAUGCCUAAAUUUAUGAUUUUCUCUGUUUAGUUUGGUGUGUGGUGUUGGAUAUGAAGUAGAAGAAGAAGACAUGGAUUAGAAUGAUGAUGAUAAGUGCUGUUUUUACUGUGUAGUUGUUAAAAUUUAGAGUAUGUUGCCCUUUUUCUUUUGGUCUUUGUUUUCGACUAAUCAGUUAUGUCCAAGUCUUUUUACAUCUGUUUUAGGAUUUGAACGGAAUUUUGUGGCUUUUUGAGCCACUGUGUUAUAAUUUGAAAGUAAAUACUUAUUAAUAUAAAUGUCUGGUUGAAGUUUGGGUUGGA